AUGAGAUCUUCUGGCUAUUUAAAUUCCAACAAUGGAUCAUCGUCAUCUUUGGAAUCGACUAAUGUAAACAAAUCAACCGAUAAAAAUCAGUUGUAUCUCAAAGUUGUUUGCAAUUGUGCUACAGAUUUAGUACCACAAGAUACUACAGGAACUGGCAGUGAGUCCAAAAAAGCUUAUUCUUCCAGCAAAUCAAUAAAUCCAGUUUUGGUUGUCCAAUUAAACAAUACCAUCAAAUCAACCUCCAAGAAAUUAAAUACCAAUCAACCCAGUUGGAAUGACGAGCUUUAUAUGCCAUUAAAGAACCAAGACGAUUCAUCUUUACUAAUAUUCUCUGUGUGGGAUAAGCAUACAAGAUACAAAAACUAUUUAGGUGAAUUGAGAUUAAACGUAAAGGAUAUUUUCGUCGAUAAUGGUAAUUUUGUCGACAAGACAGAAUUGAAAUGGUACCACUUGAAUUCCAACACCAAAUAUCAUUCAUUUGUCACGGGUUCAAUUUUAGCUGGUUUUGAAUUGGUAAUCAAGAAUAAGAAGAAGCGAUUCCACAGCUCCUAUAACGAUAAAUUCCAGCAAUUAUCUAUAGAUUCAGAUGUUGAGUCUGCAUUUAAAAAAUGGUUAUCCAGUUUGACUAAACCAACAAUUUAUUCUGUGAAUAACAAAAUAAAUCCCAAUGAUCAAGGUUUUUAUGAUGAUGAAUUGGUCAAUGAAUUCGAGCUAGAAUCUGUUUUGACAGAGAGAUCCAAGAAAAGCCAUUUGAAUGUUCCAGGAGGAAAUGGUCUAUUGUCGGUUCCUGGUGAUGAUUGCCAUGAUGCCGGUUCCUUUUCAGAUGCAUCGUUUCUUUCAGAUGGUGGAUAUGCAAGUGAUGCGUCUGCUAACUUGUUUGACCAAAAAGAGACAUCGUCAGAUCUGAAGAAAUCAAGAAUAAAGUCUAAAAUGAGACUUCGUAGAUCAAAACAAGAAUAUGAAAAUUUCGAGUUGGCAAGUCGCCAGGUACUUGGUGUUGUAUUUAUUGAAAUUGUCUCGUGUGAAGAUUUACCACCUUACAAAAAUUUUACUCGUACAUCUUUUGAUAUGGAUCCCUUUGUGGUUGUUAGUUUUGGUAAGAAAACUUUUAGAACUGGCUGGAAAAGACAUACUUUGAAUCCGGUUUUUAACGAAAGAUUAGCUUUUGAAUUGCUUCCUCAUGAAAGUAAUUUCAGUAUUCAGUUUUUAGUACUUGAUAAAGAUCAUUUCUCGUUUCAUGAUAAUGUGGCUCAUAUUUCUUUGCCGUUGAGAACAUUAACUGAGUAUGCAACAGCAAAACCAACUGAAGGUGACAGUUCUGAUGUCAAUACCAGCGAUAGUACUAGUUUUAGUCAAACAGGAAAUGGUUUUACAACUGAGGAUACAGAAUUCCCAGAAAAUGAUUCGGUACAAAUUAUUGAAAACGAGACUCCAAGCAACAAACAAAGUCGUAAAAGAUACUUAUCUCGGAAAAAGGUUGUUGGAACACAAUUAGAUUUGAAGAAAUUUAAAGCCAUGUCUUUAAGUUUACAGUUGCAUGAUCAAAAAUAUAUUGGUAAAUAUGCACCCAAGUUAAAAAUUAGAGUUAGGUUUGAAACUUAUACAGAAUUGCGUAAGAAAUUUUGGAGAGUUUUAUUAGAAGAAAGUAAUUCGACCCCAGAAAAUCGCGACAGUUGCGAUUACAUUGAAUUAAUUUCUUUAUUAGAUACAUUGGGAUGUGUUAAUAGUGAUGAAUUGGUGGAAUUAUUUUAUUCCAAUUUGGGGAAACUGUCUUGGGGAGGUGAUUUAUUAACUUUUGAUGAAAUCAUUGAUCAAAUGGAAACCUACGUCAAUCAAAAUGUUGAGAGUGGUAAAGUUAAAAUAUUUGAAUUUGAAAAGUGUCCAAUUUGUAAUGAAAAAAGAGUUUCUAAGAAGCAAGAUCUAGACAUAAUUACUCAUUUUGCUAUAUGUGCUAGUAAGGAUUGGAGUGUGGUUGGUAAAUUACUUCUGUCGUCGUAUGUUACACCUACUCAGGCUACGAAAAAAUGGUUUACCAAGGCAUUGAUUAAGUUGACGUAUGGGAAAUACAAACUAGGUGGGAAUUCAGCCAAUAUUUUGGUUCAGGAUAGAAUGACAGGAAUUAUAGUAGAAGAAAAAAUGAGUGUUUAUGUGAGAUUGGGUAUAAGAUUAUUGUAUAAGGGUUUAGAUAAAGCUAGAUCUAAAAGAGUGAGAAUUUUAUUGAAAAAUAUGUCAAUCAAACAGGGUAAAAAAUUUGAUGCACCACAACUGAAAUCAGAUAUAGCUUCAUUUAUUAAGUUUCAUAAACUUGACCUUGACGAAUGUGAAAUAGAUGACCCAUCGCAAUUUGCUACGUUUAAUGACUUUUUCUAUCGAAAACUAAAACCGGGUGCUAGAGAAAUAGAGGAUGAAAAAAAUUCCAAAAUUGUUACUAGUCCGGCAGAUUGUCGGUCGGUGGUUUUUGAAUCAAUUGAUAAGGCAACACAGUUGUGGAUAAAAGGUGCAGGGUUUACUAUACCCAAAUUGAUUCAUAAUGAUCAUCUGAUGCGUGUAUCUUCCUAUACAUUGGGUAUUUUCCGAUUAGCCCCACAAGAUUAUCAUCGGUUCCAUUCACCAGUCGAUGGAGUUAUUGAAAGUAUUAAACAUAUUGAUGGUGAGUAUUAUACCGUUAACCCAAUGGCGAUUCGAUCGGAAUUGGAUGUAUUUGGGGAGAAUGUCAGGACCAUUGUUACAAUCAAAACAAAAGAUUUUGGAAAUAUAUACUUUAUUGCUGUUGGUGCUAUGAUGGUUGGAUCGAUUGUUCUUACAAAAGAUACAGGAUACGAGAUUUCGAAAGGCGAAGAAUUGGGUUACUUCAAAUUUGGAGGGUCUACUGUUUUAUUAUUAAUUGAAAGUGAUAAGUUCAAAUUUGAUACCGAUCUUGUUAAGAAUUCGUCCUCUGGUUUAGAGACUCUUCUUCGAGUGGGGCAAAGUAUUGGUCAUAGCCCAGACGUUGAAGAAUACAAGCGUGACCAUAUCUCAUUUGACAAAUUGGAUAAAUCCAAACAACUUCGAUUGAUUAGAGUAUUGACUGGUGGUGAUUUGAAAGACAAACAUAAGUUAAGUAAUUGGGAAGCUACCAAAAUAGAUAUGGAAGAUUUUCAAGAAAUUGAAGAUGAGGAAGUAUUUGAUAAAGAUAUGCCCGAUGAAGAUGCAUCGAUCAAAAGUGAAGAUUAA